CUUAUAAUUUGUAUUUAAAAACAACAAACAAUUUCAGCUCAAGAUUAACAAGGCUGAAAAGAAUAACGGCAAUGGCUUUCAUAGGAAUAGCUCGCAUUAGCUUUGUUCUUCUCUUGUGCAUAGCUUUGGUAGGCUGUGAGGCCAAUGACAAAGUAAGUGUGGUCAAGGACCCAUUUAACGCAGCAGAUGCUCUUGCAAAAGCUAGAGGCAUAGCUAGAGGGAAAGUUGAUUCUAAUGUGAAAGUUUUUAAUGUGCUAGACUAUGGGGCCAAAGCUGAUGGAAAGACAAAUGCUGCUAUGAAUUUCAUCAGGACAUUCAAGGCUGCUUGUAAUUUCCAUGGGAAUGCAAUGAUGGUCAUCCCUCAAGGAAACUUCUUAAUUGGACCAGUCAUAUUUCAAGGGCCAUGCUUCAAUCCAUCUCCUCUAAUCAUUCAAGUUGUAGGAAUUGUCAAAGGGCAUCCUGAUAUCUCUGAAUACACCGGAGGAGCUGAUGCCUCAGACUGGAUUACCAUACAAAGCGUUGAUGGCCUGAUUAUUACAGGUUCAGGUACCUUUGAUGGCCAAGGUCCCCAGGUGUGGAAGUACAACGACUGUGAUAAGAAUGAUGAUUGCAUCCGUAUGCCUGCUACUUUAAAGUUCAACAAAGUGUCAAAUGCAGUUAUACGAGGCAUAAGAUCCAUUGAUGCCAAAGGAUUCCACAUGUUCAUCAGCAACAGCCAGAACUUCCGUAUAUUCAAUGUUCAUAUAAUUGCCCCUGCAGACAGCCCCAACACUGAUGGCAUUCAUAUGAGCAAAUCCAGUGGUGUAAAAAUCUCUAGAAGUACUAUUGCCACGGGUGAUGACUGUGUCUCUAUGAUCCAAGGAAGCAAAGACAUUAGCAUCAAGAAAGUAAGAUGUGGGCCUGGACAUGGUUUCAGUAUUGGAAGCCUCGGACACUAUGAAGAUGAGUUAGAUGUGAGUGGGAUCGUAGUGAAAAACAGCACAAUGUCAGACACAGACAAUGGAGUUAGGAUCAAAACAUACAAAGCUUCAACUCCAAGCAAAGCUUCAGGAAUGAUUUUCCAGGAUAUAAUCAUGUACGGGGUCAGGAACCCCAUCAUCAUAAACCAGGAGUACGGAAGUCAAAGUAAAAAGGAGCCAUCGAAAGUAGCCAUCAGCGACGUGCAUUUUAUAAACAUUAGGGGAACUACAACUUCAAAGGUUGCAGUGAAUCUGUUGUGCAGUGAGUCAACUCCUUGCAAAGGGGUUCACUUGAGGAACAUCAAUCUGGAGUACACCGGCGAGCCAAAUAGUGAUGUGGCUUAUGGCUCCAACUGUACUAAUGUUGAUGUGGACUAUUUUGGCAUCCAAAACCCCCCUCCCUGCAAGUAGUGCUUCAAAGCCAAGAAAAAAGACACUCCAAUACUAACUUCUUGCCAAAGCAUCAUACAGAAAAUGCACCAUUGUAUCAGUAGAAGCUGAGGAAAUUUUCCGGGCUUAAUUCAUGGCUAGCUUUGAAAAAAGAUCACAGAAACUG